UGUGAAUCUUAGAUUUUGACACGGAUCGUGAUUAAUCCCAUCUGUCGAAGCCAAAUAUUUAAUUCAUUGGAACAUGAAAUCUCGUUCCGCUCUGUUCUUCAGCUGUUUAUAACAACUUCUGAAGCAACUAAAAUUCAUCUUCUGAAGCUCUUUUCUAAAAACAAUAGCAUUCUUCUCAUUUCACCGCUGACAUUGGAAAGAAAUUUGAAAAUGUGUUAAUGCUGUGUUUUUUGGAUCUUUAGGCCAGUUGGUCGAUAAACAUUAUUAGUAUACCAACCUUCAUUCAUUCUCAUUUCACUUCCCUGAAAAAUUUAAAGAAGACACUAAGAGAGAAACUGUAAUCCAGAAUAAAAGAGCAAUGCCCAGGCUUUAUUACAAUAUACUGAAAACAAUCUCUUCAAGGGCAUCUCUACCGCAGAGACUUAAAUUCAAUACUGUCUCUCGAUGCCCUAGAAGCCCUCUUGACGAAAAAAGUCGCCAUUUCUAUGGCACAAAAAAACUCACAUGUGAAGAUGGUGGAACAAAUUCUCUGUAUUCUUCUCGAGCCUUUGUGAGGUCCUUAUCACAAUGUCCAAUUAGGAAAUUCAGUGCAGAGGCCAAUUUGGAAGGGCCCAGAGACAGUUUAGAAUAUGACGUGGUCAUUGUGGGUGCAGGCCCUGCUGGGCUUUCUGCAGCUAUCAGACUCAAGCAGAUUUGUAGAGAGAAAAAUAAGAAUGUUUCGGUGUGUGUUGUGGAAAAAGGGGCAGAAGUGGGUGCCCACAUACUAUCAGGCAAUGUUUUUGAACCUCGUGCCUUAGAUGAGCUUAUCCCAGACUGGAAAGAACAGGGGGCUCCUAUUAGAGUACCUGUUUCAUCUGACAAGUUUUGGUUCCUGACAGAAAAUCAUGCUUUUCCUCUUCCAUCACCUGUCAGUAAUAAGGGAAAUUAUGUGAUAAGCUUAAGUGAGCUUGUCCGAUGGUUGGCUAAAAAAGCUGAGGAAUUGGGAGUUGAAAUUUAUCCAGGUUUUGCUGCAAGUGAGGUUUUGUAUGAUAAAAGUUCUAAAAAUGUGACGGGAAUCGCAACAAAUGAUAUGGGGAUAGCCAAAGAUGGCUCAAAAAAGGAAACUUUUCAGCGUGGAGUAGAGCUGAAAGGGCGAAUUACACUUCUUGGCGAAGGUUGCAGAGGCUCACUUUCUGAGAGAGUGAUCAAAGACUUUGACUUACGACAGAAGGGGAAUGCAGAGCAUCAAAGUUAUGCACUAGGUAUUAAGGAGGUUUGGGAAAUUGAGGAAGGAAAACAUAAACCUGGAUUUGUGCUCCAUGCUAUGGGUUGGCCUUUGGAUAGGAAUACUUAUGGAGGCUCCUUUUUGUACCAUAUGAAUGAUCGACAGGUUUCACUUGGUUUAGUUGUUGCAUUGAAUUAUCCGAAUCCCUACUUAAGUCCCUAUGAAGAGUUCCAGAAAUUUAAGCAACAUCCUCUAAUCAAGCCAGUACUGGAAGGAGGAAAAGUUGUUCAGUAUGGUGCUCGCAGCUUGAAUGAAGGCGGGUUUCAGUCAAUUCCAAAGCCUGUUUUUCCUGGAGGAGCGCUAAUAGGAUGUUCAGCUGGCUUUCUCAAUGUUCCUAAAAUCAAAGGCACUCAUGCAGCUAUGAAGUCAGGUAUGCUUGCAGCAGAAGCAGCAUUUGAUGUAUUGUGGAAUGGAGUUGACCUGGAAGUGUAUUGGGACAAUUUAAAGAAGUCUUGGAUAUGGGAUGAACUUUAUAGAGUCCGAAAUUUUCGACCGGCAUUUAACUAUGGAUUGAUUCCAGGAUUAGGUCUUUCUGCCUUGGAACUCUAUAUUACAAAAGGAAGAUUACCAUGGACGCUCAAACAUGGCAAACCUGACCAUGAAGCAACUGAGAUUGCGGAGAUGCAUACACCUAUAAAAUAUCCAAAGCCAGAUGGAAAAGUGACAUUUGAUUUGUUGACCUCAUUAUACAGGAGUAACACAAAUCAUGAUCAUGACCAGCCAGCUCAUCUACAUGUGUGUGAUCCUAGAAAGCCAUUGGAUGUAAACUUACCAAGAUAUGCAGGGCCAGAGUCUCGAUACUGUCCAGCACGUGUGUAUGAAUAUGUGUCAGAUGAGAAUGGCUCUUUGAAGUUUCAUAUCAAUGCACAAAAUUGUCUGCACUGCAAGGCUUGUGAUAUAAAAGACCCGACUCAGAAUAUCAAAUGGACUGUACCAGAGGGAGGUGGGGGACCAGGUUAUUCAGUCAUGUAAAACAUACUACUUUCUAAGUUAGGAUGUAAAGAUAAGAUAAGUACCAUUAUCACUACUUGCUACUUCUCUGUCUUCAUCAAAGAACAUACUUUCUUCAAUACACCAUGGAAAGAAGCCCGGUAUACUCCUGGAAGGGUUUAAUAAAUGUUUGUUUUGUGCUGUACUAUGAGGUCAUUAAUCUAUUCUGUACUAUGCGUAUUCCGUAGUCAGUCUGACUCUAAACACAGACUUGGUCUCUGAUAAUGAUUUCUGAAAUAACUGGUUCAAACUCCAUACCAUCUCUUAAAAGAAACAUACAGAAAUAUUAACUUUUUUUAUGUACAACUUUGUUAUUUAUAUUUUGGCACUCAGAAUAUUCAAUUGCAACAACUGAAAAGGUCGUGGAUGAGAUUAAAAUAUCUCAUGUUUGAACUGAGUGGAUUUGAAGUCACAAGGAUGUUCUGUUGGCAAUUUCUCAAAUCAUCUGGCAAAAAUUCCAUUUGUUUCCUGAAGAUGCUCAUCAGUAUACUUCACAUUAUGACAAAUUUGCAAAAUCGGAGAUAUUGAAGGAUCUUGAAGUUUGAAUUUU